CAAUUCCCAAGCUGUGUGAGCUGCUAUUUCUACUCCCCGAGCAGGACAAAGAUGUUAACAAAUUUUUGGUCUCAUUUUCACUAUUCUGCCUUAGAGCCACCGUGAUUCCAGUUUAUGCUUAAUUUGAUAAAUAUCACUUCAAAGCUGCUUUGCCUUGGCCAACGCGCACGGAGCUUGACUGCAAUCAAUAUAUGCUGGCAAGCCGCCUGGGCCCAAUCUUGAACUUUACUUCCCGGCCCUUUGGGAGUGGACGAUUAAUAUAUAAAAAGACGACCAAAUUGACGGGAGUAGUAGAUAAGCAGUGCCAUAGUCGUCAUUCUCCAAAAAUGUUUUCGCAAUUCUCCUUUUCAUUCCCUUCCAUCAAAAACCUCUUCUCGUCAGUCACAGGUGAUCCCAGCGCGAUUAAAAUAGAUUCCGUCGAAAUCCACGAUGUCGAGACGGCAAAGGAAAAGCCUACCCGGGCGUUGAAACAUCUGUUAAAGCUGAAUCAUGCCAAUUAUUCAAUUCUCUAUCAUAACGACCGCUUCCAUAAUCAUAUGCCACAUUUGCUAUCUUCAGCGUAUUUAUUUGGAAGUGAUGCAGACCAUCUGAACCGUCUUUACGAGAUGGAGGCCAAGGUACUGGAGCCGUGGCGGGAUUCGCCUGGAGAGAUUACAGCGGACGACUGGAGGGAUUUUUUGGGGAAGCCAGAAUAUCAAAGAGCCUAUCUCGACUUUUUCGAGGACGAGCUCGUCCAUCAUUCCUUUGACUGGAAAAAAGUUGCCGAGGUCUAUCUUUAUUCGGGCAAUAAACCAUUGAUAAAUUGUCUCGUUGCAGGCCUUGGACACCCACUCAUCCAUUUAGGAUAUGCCUAUGAAAUGUCGAGUCGAGAUGUGGCUAUUGAAAGUCUCGCAAUGACAGCAACUUGUUACAACUACCUACACAAAUAUAUAGACGAUCCUUCCUACCUUGAACCGCCACCCACAUACCAAACGGCUUCACCUUUGGAAAUCUUACAUAACAUCCGUACAGACAAACGCUUCGAUAACUUAUUCGAAAAACCCGGCGGCGACAAUCUGGAAACUGUCUUUGAAAACUAUGAAGAUGCAAUUCUUGAACAUUGGCGCGCAUGGAUGAUCACCCCUGACCCUACCAAACAGCUUGAAAUAUCUCAGGAAGCCGCAGCAGCCAUUUUUGUGGCCGCAGACACAGAAAAACACGACUUCUUCCUUGUUCACCUUCUUACCACUAGCCACGCAAUGCGGAUCCUCUUACCCUUCGUCCUAGGCAAAUACCACGUCUCUCUCCUCCGGCAAUGGUGGCUGAUCGUCGUAGGCAUUUACGUCGCACAGCUACGGCCCAAAAUAGAUCCUGACACGAUUAAAAAUUAUAAUACAAAGGGGCGGGGCUGGGACUGGAUCGGUGGCCAAGCCGCCAGUGGUAAGUGGGCAGAAGAGACUCAUUUCAUCAAAGGAGUUCGGGCGCUCAACGAGGCCGCGAGGACUUGGGGUGAUAGCGACGAAUAUUACAUCAAGGCCGCAGUCAAGCUUGUUGAUGAAUUCAAAGGAUUUGGAGGUUUUGGUGAUUAGAGAGAUUAAUUCUCACGGGAGAACAAAGUGGGAGUUUUUGAGUGUGUGCGGGCUUCGACAUACUAAAUUGUCUGUUGUAGGUAAUGUGGUCUUGACUUAUUUUGGAAAAAGUAAUAGUUGGUCGGAAAUUUGUUAGUGUUGCAUAAUUUUGUAUAUGCGGACUUUGUACACAAAUUGCCUAAUAAGUGAUUAUUUCAUGGACGCAUACUCUGUACAUUGCAAAAUGUUGCCUUUAGUGCUGGUCAGCAGCAGCCCGAUGAUCAUCGGCUCAGCUACCACUGUCAACUUACUGAUGGAUUAUGGAUUUAUACAGCGUAUGUCCUCCGUACAGUACUGUACAUUUUAAGUGGGUAUGGAGGAUCCUUUUAAGCUGUAAUACUGUUAUCACUCAAGAAUCUUCAUUUCAGAGCAGUCUGAGACUUAGACUAGCUUUACUUAAACUGUAACUGAUUUAUUCAGAUACAGCAGAUAUACCCAGGUGGCUGCAAAAAGAAUAUAAUCAUGUCUGAUUCUUCUAAGAUAGUUGGGCGUAC